AUGCCUAAUUAUCAUACUUCCAAACCAAAAACGGAGACGGCAAUCGACAGGACUGUUCCAGAUUUUCCAAUUGCCCAAGUCAACGACGAAGAUAUAUACUUUAAUACUCAUGAGGCACCGGAGUAUCUCCCUGAAAUUGAGUCACUGGUUAAAGAUUUCGUUCAAUUCCAUCAUGAACAGUCAGGAAAGCCUGUAGUAUUGGUGACUUCUGGUGGUACCACUGUGCCACUUGAAAACAAUACUGUUAGGUUUAUCGAUAAUUUUUCAGCUGGUACUAGAGGUGCUACAUCUGCUGAAUACUUCUUGGAAAAUGGGUAUGCUGUAAUAUUCUUACAUAGAGAAUUCUCUCUUUUGCCUUAUUCGAGACAUUAUUCGCAUACUACUAACAAUUGUUUCCUUGAUUAUAUGAUUGAAAAGCAUAACAAGAUAGAGAUUAAUGAAAAAUAUGCAGACCAAAUGUUGCAUGUACUUAGAAAAUAUAAGGCAGCACAAGAUCUGAAGUCUCUAUUACUUAUCCCAUUUACUACGGUCAAUCAGUAUUUGUACACUUUGAAGCUGACCAGUAAACUAUUACAGAUCCUUGAAGGAAAGGCUUUGUUCUAUUUAGCUGCUGCUGUUUCUGAUUUCUUCUUGCCACAGUCUAGAAUGCCUCAACACAAGAUUCAGAGUCAAACUCUGGGAAAGCUUAUUGUUGAUUUAGAGCAGGUUCCUAAAUUUUUAAGAAGAUUGGUAGAUAACUGGGCUCCUCUGGCCAUGAUUGUGUCCUUCAAAUUAGAAACAGAUAAUCUGAUUUUAAUAAAGAAGGCUUUGGGAGCAUUGACUAGAUAUCAACAUCAGCUCGUUAUUGGGAAUCUUUUACAGACAAGAAAAUGGGAAGUAGUCUUUAUAAGACCAGAUGGGGAGCAAACAUGGAUCAGACUAAAUGAAGAAGAACAGAAAAAUAACGUAGAGAUUGAAUCGUUGAUUAUUCCAGGGGUUAUGGUAGAGCAUAAAGCUUGGAUCGAGUCUCAUAAACAUUGA